AUGCGCUCUCACCACCUGGAGAAGCAGCUCCAGCCCGACCGACCCGAUACCUCUGCGCACAGCAACAACAUCUACGACACUCUGUGGGAGCGGCUACUGCAGCCCGGCGUGCUGGUCCCUCUCCUACUUCUUGCCUUCACCAUCGUCUACCAAUCUUUACAUUCUUCGCCUUUCUCUCCCACGAGACAUCCAGGCGAGCUUGUAUGGGAUUUUAUCAUCGCUGUCACCCCCGCGAGGGUACUCUACCUCCUCGACAACUGGCUCCAUCCGCCCAUGUUCCCACUCUCGAAGACCAUGUUGCCCAAACUACCCACCACACAUGCUGCGAAGGGCGAAAUCCUUCGGCGCAUCCUUGGCAUGGACAAGCCGGGGGGCAUCAUCAGUUCCGUGGCCCAGGCUGGGAGAAGCCUUACAACCCUGUCAGGCAGUACAUUCGUCAAGCAGAACACCGAUUCACCUCCCGGCCUAGGCAACUACGAUAACUCCUGCUUUCAGAACAGCAUCCUCCAAGGACUGUCAUCGUUGGACACCUUGCCAGACUACCUCGAAACCGCUUUGGUACACGAGCAAGCGAGGAGUGACCGCGACUCGGGCUCAGCAGCCACGUUGCGGGAGUUGAUAAACCAGCUGACCGAUGCUGCAAACAAUGGAGCGACACUGUGGACGCCAAGAAAGUUGAAGUCACUCGACACAUGGCAGCAGCAGGAUGCCCAGGAAUACUUCUCCAAGAUACUAGACGAGGUCGACAAGGAGGUCACGCGGGCUGCCAAGACCCAGUACCGGCCGCCUGGCCUCGAGACAGUAGGCGCCAGGGACGAUACCGAGGACAGCCAGCACAGCGACGACAGUGGAUAUCAGUCCUUGACCACCCUGUCGAAAACUAAUUCAGAGGUCAAAAUCAUAAAGAAUCCAUUGGAAGGCUUGGUAGCCCAGCGAGUUGCCUGUGUCCAAUGUGGCUAUUGUGAGGGUCUGUCCAUGAUCCCAUUUAACUGUCUCACUCUGAGUCUUGGGGUUGGCCAGGGCUCGCAUGACCUUUAUGAGAGGUUAGACUCCUACACCGAUCUCGAAGCCAUUGAGGGGGUGGAGUGUCCCAAGUGCACCCUGUUGAAGAUCCAGAGACUCUUGAAUAUAAUCGUCUCGAGAAGUAGAGAUAUGGACUCAGCGGACGCGUCAGUACAGGAGGCUCUUUCGCGUCUUGAGGCUGUCGAACUCGCUCUGGAGGAAGACGAUUUCGAGGAGGAGACGCUGGCCGACAAGUGCAAGAUACCGAAAAAGAACCGGGUCAACUCGACUAAGACCAAACAGAUGGUCAUAGCACGGCCGCCGCAGAGCCUCGCUGUUCAUAUAAACAGGUCGGUUUUCGACGAGCGUACCGGCAAAAUGUUCAAGAAUCUUGCGUCAGUUCAGUUCCCAGAGCUGCUUGACCUCGGUCCAUGGUGUCUAGGGAGUGCGGGCACUUGGCCUAACCACGAGAAAGGCCAGGUCGAAGCUGAUGGGGUGUCGAGCAACACGACAUCAAGCGAUGAGGAGCAGUGGCUGUCGGACCCAAAGUCCUCCAUGGUAUCAGGAGAGCUCAAACCAUCCAAGAUCAGCGGUCCUUUCUACCAGCUGCGUUCCGUUAUCACUCACCAGGGUCGGCAUGAGAAUGGACAUUACAUUUGUUACCGAAGACACCCCGCUCGUACACCGAAAACAGACGAACCUUCUGAAAAAGGCUGCAAUACACUCUUGAACGAAGAUGAUAGCAGCAUUCGGGACGACGAAGAUACAUUGGUGGGGGACCGAAGCACGGAGAACAUCGAUUCAGAUUCUGAUUUGAAGUGGUGGCGGAUGAGCGACGAAAGUGUAUGGGAAGUGUCCAAGGACGUUGUCCUUGGUCAAGGGGGUGUCUUUAUGCUCUUCUAUGAUCGUGUGGAUUCGAAGUCUGUCCUCAUUUCCAAUAAUGAAGACGCCGUCAGCGUACCUCCUGAUGCAGCGGACACGGCUAAGACCUUGGGAACGAACCUCGCCGAAACAUCUAGCGGAAAUGAUGUAUCCGAUGGUGAUGACCAAUUCCGCGGUACUCAAUCCGGUGGUGAGGCGAUGCCCUUGAUAGGAGGAGCCGUUACUUCGGAAGAACGUGACGAUCAAUCCACAGAGGAAGGUCACGGGGACCUUGGAGAGCAGGCGAGUGUCACGAUUUCAUGUCUCCUGCCGAUGCUAGGGGAGAACGAGAUUGUGGAUCCUGUCAUACCGCUACGUCGACCUAAUCGUUAA